ACCGCGCAGUUGUCUGAGACAUUUGAAAGCGCGUGAAGUUUGUGCAUCGCUCUGGUCGCGGCUAGUCACAGCACUGACUCUAAAAGCGCACGCUACCAUGGAGCUAAACGACGCCAACCUCCAAACUCUGACCGAGUUCUUGCUGAAGACACUAAACCCUGAUCCGCUGGUUAGACGUCCAGCGGAGAAGUUUCUCGAGUCGGUGGAGGGGAAUCAGAACUACCCCAUCCUGUUACUGACCAUGUUGGAGAAGUCCCAAGAUGAUGUGACCCGAGUUUGUGCUGCAGUCACCUUUAAGAACUACAUUAAGAGAAACUGGCGAAUAGUUGAAGAUGAACCGAAUAAAAUUUCAGAUCCUGACCGGACAGCUAUCAAGGCCAACAUUGUAAAUUUAAUGCUGACCAGUCCAGAGCAAAUACAGAAACAGCUGAGCGAUUCUAUCAGCAUCAUUGGGCGAGAAGAUUUCCCUCAGAAGUGGCCUGAUCUUCUGACAGAGAUGGUGACGCGCUUCCAGAGCGGAGAUUUCCACAUCAUCAAUGGCGUGCUCCGCACCGCUCACUCACUUUUUAAACGGUAUCGGCAUGAGUUCAAGUCUAAUGAGCUGUGGCAAGAAAUCAAAUUGGUUUUGGACACUUUUGCCCAGCCUCUUACAGAGCUCUUUAAGGCUACGAUCGACUUGUGUCAAACUCAUGGUACAGACAUCAACGCGUUGAAGGUCCUCUUCUCCUCGCUUACACUCAUAUCGAAACUGUUCUACAGUCUUAACUUCCAGGAUCUUCCUGAGUUCUUUGAAGAUAACAUGGAGACUUGGAUGACACACUUUCACAAUUUAUUAACCUUGGAUAACAAGCUAUUACAGACCGAUGAUGAGGAGGAAGCUGGUCUCUUGGAGCUGCUGAAAUCCCAGAUCUGCGAUAACGCAGCUCUUUAUGCUCAGAAGUAUGAUGAGGAGUUUCAGCCCUACCUGCCUCGCUUUGUCACGGCCAUAUGGAACCUGCUGGUCACCACAGGGCAAGAGGUCAAAUAUGACUUGCUAGUGAGCAAUGCCAUCCAGUUCCUGGCAUCAGUGUGUGAGAGGCCACACUACAAGCAUCUAUUUGAAGAUCAGAACACACUCACCAGCAUCUGCGAAAAGGUCAUCGUCCCCAACAUGGAAUUCAGAAGUGCAGAUGAAGAAGCAUUUGAGGACAAUUCAGAGGAGUAUAUUAUAAGAGACCUUGAAGGCUCCGACAUUGACACAAGGCGGCGAGCUGCCUGUGAUCUGGUGCGAGGACUCUGCAAGUUCUUUGAAGGCCCUGUAACGGCUAUCUUCUCUGGCUAUGUGAACUCCAUGCUGACUGAAUACGCCAAGAACCCAGCAGUGAACUGGAAGCACAAAGAUGCUGCUAUUUACCUAGUGACAUCACUAGCUUCCAAAGCCCAGACACAGAAGCAUGGAAUCACGCAAGCCAACGAGCUGGUGAACCUGAUGGAGUUCUUUGUGAACCACAUCCUCCCUGACCUGAGGUCUCCUAAUGUAAAUGAGUUUCCUGUCUUAAAAGCCGAUGCCAUCAAAUAUGUCAUGACCUUCAGGAGUCAGCUUCCCAAGGAGCAGCUGCUAGACACCGUUCCUCUGCUGGUUGCUCACAUGCAGGCCGAGAGCACGGUGCAGCACACCUACGCGGCUCAUGCUUUAGAGAGACUCUUUACCAUGAGGGGAGCCAACAAUUCCACGUUCUUCUCAGUUGCUGAGAUUGCACCUUUCACAGAACAGCUCCUCAACAACUUGUUCAAUGCUCUGGCAAUACCUGGCUCAUCAGAGAAUGAAUACAUCAUGAAAGCUGUCAUGCGAAGCUUCUCGCUUCUCCAGGAAGCCAUCGUGCCCUACAUCCCGACGCUGAUUGGUCAACUCACCCAGAAGCUCCUCCUAGUCAGUAAGAAUCCCAGCAAGCCCCAUUUCAAUCACUACCUGUUUGAGUCACUAUGCUUGUCCAUCCGGAUCACCUGUAGGGCAAACCCUGCGACUGUGGGCAGCUUCGAGGAGGCCCUCUUCCCUGUAUUCACAGAGAUUCUUCGGACUGAUGUGCAGGAAUUUGUGCCAUACGUGUUCCAGGUGAUGUCCUUACUGCUAGAGAUCCACACUAAUGCCAUCCCUUCCUCCUACAUGGCUCUGUUCCCUCACCUGCUGCAGCCUGUUCUGUGGGAGCGCACAGGUAACAUCCCACCUCUGGUGCGCCUCCUGCAGGCCUACCUGGAGAAAGGAGGAGGCGCCAUCGCCAGCUCGGCGGCAGAUAAAAUCCCUGGUCUCCUCGGUGUGUUCCAGAAGCUCAUUGCCUCCAAGGCCAAUGACCACCAGGGAUUUUACCUGCUUAACAGCAUCGUAGAGCACAUGCCGCCCGAAUCAAUUAGUCAGUAUAGGAAGCAGAUUUUCAUUCUGCUCUUCCAAAGAUUGCAGAGCUCCAAGACCACAAAGUUCAUCAAGAGUUUUCUUGUCUUCAUUAACCUCUAUUGUGUGAAAUAUGGAGCGAUUGCAUUGCAGGAGAUAUUUGAUGACAUCCAGCCAAAGAUGUUUGGAAUGGUGUUGGAAAAGAUUGUGAUCCCGGAAGUGCAGAAAGUGUCAGGGCAGGUGGAGAAGAAGAUCUGCGCAGUAGGUAUCACCAAAAUCCUCACCGAGUGCCCAGCCAUGAUGGACACGGAGUACACCAAGCUCUGGCCUCUUGUGCUCCAGGCCCUGAUCGGUUUAUUUGAGUUGCCAGAGGACGACAGCAUCCCUGAUGAUGAGCACUUCAUUGACAUCGAGGACACACCGGGUUACCAGACCGCCUUCUCCCAGCUGGCCUUUGCUGGCAAGAAGGAGCACGAUCCUAUUGGAGAUGCUGUCAGCAACCCUAAAAUCAUGCUGGCCCAGUCUUUACACAAACUCUCCACAGCCUGCCCUGGAAGGGUUCCCUCCAUGUUGAGUACAAGUCUGAAUGCUGAUGCAUUGCAGUUUCUGCAGGGUUACCUCCAGGCAGCUUCGGUCCAGCUCGUCUAAGAUGGAUGUUAUCUUUGCUCCGUCUCGAGUCCGUCUGAGCUACCGAGAUACCAACCAGUCAACUUAACAUCUUGCGCCCUCAAGCAUCAAAGCUGCAUUUUAAAAUGGAUUGUGACCAAGCAGAAAAUAGCCGUUAUCCGAGUGAAAAAGAGCCGCUGCUUUGUCUACACACUGGUCACUCUGUACUUGGUUGCAGAUUUGUGAUCCAGCAUCUUGAUCUGACUUUCUACAGACAUCAAAAAUACAGGCUCUCCCCAUCAUGUAUCAAUAGAAUUGACAUCUUGGACAAUACAAGUCGGGGGGGGACAUUUGAUGUCUAACAGUCUGUGGGAUUUUUUUUUUUUCUCCCCCUCAUGUAGAUCCAGGAGUGGGUUUUUACUGUAUAAAUAAGGGCUGUCAUUUGUGGCUCUCGGGGGGGGGGGAAA